GCACAAUUCACAUAUGAACAUGCCUGGAGAUGAUGGAAAAACAUCAAGAGCAGCAGCUUUCAUUUCUGCUCUGAUAGUCGCAAUAACACAUCAAACACUGUGAAAUGGUGAGAAUGAUGAGAGAACAUUGUGCUUGAGUGAACACAAAAGAAGAUAUUUUGAAGAAUGUGGGUAACCAAACAGUUGGUGAUAUAAGGAACCCCCCAUCGGCCCAAAAACGGAAUCCGACGGCCUGGGUGAAGGUUAACGCGUGUGCUGAACUUUGACGCAGAGAUGGUUUUCUGUAGCUGUUUAUUGUCACUCUUUUUCUGGCUCACAGUGUCACCUGCUAAUGCUGACAAAUGGAGCAUUGAAGUGCCCACAUCAGUUGUGGGUUUGUCUGACACAUGUGUGGAGAUUCCUUGUAAAUUCAGCUACCCAGCAAAAGGGAAGAAAUACACAAGAUUUACAGGAAUGUGGUACACAGGGAAUUAUGAGUCAACAGUAUACCAUACAGAUACCUCAAAAAUCAGUGAAGUAUUCAAAGGUCGCACUAGCCUCACUGGUGAUUUGCACCAAAACACAUGUUCUUUGAAAAUCAGCUCUCUUCGUGGCAGUGACACUGGGCCAUUCAUGUUCCGGAUUGAGAUUGAACAUUUGGACAAGUACACCUAUGUGGAGAAUAAAGUUUCCAUAACAGUGAAAGAGUCACCAGAACAACCUACUGUCUCUGUGGAAGAUGAAGUGACAUCAGGAGAUUUGGUGAUUGCUACCUGCACUGUGUUACAUUCCUGUCCGUCAGACCUGCCUCGUGUCACCUGGAACCACGAUGGCAAGCACUCCAGUCCGUCGCAGCCGCAAAAUCACAGUCAAUGGAAGCUUACAUCUUACAACUUUACCUUCACUCCUUCUAGAGAAGACCAUAAUAAAAAUCUCAGCUGUUCUGCAGAGUUUAGAGGGAAGACAGUGACUGGCUUCAAAACGCUCAAAGUUAAAUAUCCUCCAUAUAAUGUAAGCGUGGAGACUAAACCCUCAGUGAAGGAGAAUGACUCUGUAGAACUGACUUGCUCCAGUAACAGCAACCCUCCUGCAGACAGCUACCAGUGGUUCAGCUUAAAUGGGAUGUUGCCAGGAAAGAAACCCACUUAUAAACUGGAGAGAGUGACUCGGCAUACUGAGGCAAUUUCCUGUACAGCCAUCAACACAUUGGGAAGAAACAGUUCUAGUCCACAGAAACUUAAUGUAUUGUAUCCUCCUGAUAUUAAAAAAGAAACAUCUUGCCAGUUUGCGAGUGUUACAGACUGUGUCUGUAUUGUGGACUCCAACCCUCCCAGUGAAGUCAAAUGGUUUGGUCCAGAUUCCUCGAGAACCUUCCCCAGCUCCAGCAUUAAACAAAAGGAGUCUCUUACUAUAUUCACAGUCCAGAUUUUGCUGGGUUUACCGGAUACUGUCCAGUGCUUUGCCAGUAACAGUUUGGGAAACUCUUCUAUAACUCUGGAAGCUCCUCAAAAUGGCAUAAUAAUAUACAUUGCUGUUGCAUCAGCUAUUGUGGUUGUUUCAGUUGGCGUUUUAGUGUAUGUUUUGAGAAGACACUGUGGGAACAGAGCUACACAACAGCCUGUAAUGAAGAAUGAACAGAAUGAAAUGAAGACAACCCCAAAGGAUAAAGAAGAGAAAGGCAUUGAUGAAGAUAUUUACACAAACUGCCCGGAUGGUCGUGUUUAUGACAACUGGGAGUGUGAUGUGAGACCAUUGCCAUCUGACAGCGCCUUGGAAGAUGAAUCAGUCUAUGCUAAUGUUUAACAAAAAGGACACGUGUUGCCCUACCAGAAAUGACAGAGGAUGAGAAAGACCAAAAAAGGCAAAACAAAUCAAAUAAAUAAAUAAUAAUAAUAAUAAUAAUAAUAAUAAUCUGUUGACUAAUGACAGAUGAUUAUGCGUGGAAAUGUGAAAUGCCAAAAAGGUCUUGCAACUGAGAAAAAAAUGAGAAAGCUUUUAAUAUAUAAAGACUGUACUGUAUGUAUUGUAAACCAAAAUGUUUUAUAUGUAUAAUAUGUAGUGUCAGUUUAGUUUAGUUCAGAAAAAAUUACAAGAAUUACAGUAGUAAAUUUUUGUAAAUAUGACUUUAAUAAAAAAUGUCUCUUUGAAACGCACAGUAAUAACUGAAGAACAAGUUAAUAUUGCAUUAAUAUAUUCAUAUUCUGUAGUAUUGGUUGGCUUGGAUGUGAAAAAAAAACCCCAAAAAAAACAAUUCCUCAUUCUAUGCAAUCUGCAGCAAGCAGCCUUUGACUUUAACUAUGGUACGGUGUUGCCUCCAGGCAACAUGGUCUAUUUUAGUUUGUUUUUAAUAAAAUAAGGCACCAAUUGAUUGAUCAAAUGUAUCUCAGGACAGAAUAACUCAAAUACUAAUCAAUAAAAGUGCAAAAAAGACCAAAACAUGACCAACAGGGGUCCAUUUUGUGUCCUGUUUCAGCACAUGUGCAUGUCUCCAUAUUUUCUCCAAUGAAAAGUGCUUUUUUCACUCGUUUGUAUCCAUUUAAAUCACCCACAAAAAAUACGAGUCACCUUCACUGGCAAGUAAAGAAGUAUUUUCAAGAACUUUACAUUAUAUUUCAUCAAAUGUUUUAGAGAAAAUAACAAAAAACUGUGUGUUGCCUCAAGGCAACAUUGUACCAUAAUGAAAUCGCAUAAGGCCAUACAGGCAUAAUAGGUUUGAAUACAAAUGUAUUAUAUUUGUAAGGAAAAGAGUUAGAAUUAUCUAAAUAUAUUUGCAUUUUCACAUGAUUUUGUAAUGCACUUAUAAGAAUAGUAAUUCACAUACUAUAUCUGCAUAUAUUAUGAUCUGCACAUUUUCUACAGCGCUUCAAAAAGUAUUAGAACACAGGUAGCACUGGCAGUUGAUGAGGGUGAUCAGGGGCAGAUUAAGGUGGUCAGGGGCCCCUAGGCUGCUCUUUGUGUGAGGCCCCCCACCUUAAUCAUUAUGCUUUCUUGAAAAAAUGUAUUUAGUGCCAUACAUGGUCCACACGCAAAUAUUAAGGUUAACUGGCACACGCUCAUCGAGACAGCCAAUACUACAGUUUUUCUUCUAUGUCCCUUCAACUGGUGGACCACCACAGUAAGACAAUUACCACCACGUUGCAUAGGUAAAAUGUGAAAUUGAAAAUCAUAAAUCAUAUAAACCAAUAUAUAACAUAGCAUAGGCGGAGGGUGAACCAACUCUAGGGUAAGGCUAGAUGCGAUUCCUCCAUGAAAACAUAGAGUCUAUGUCAUGAAAUAGUUACGUGUCGCCUAUCAGCAACCUAUACACAUCCCAAUAUAAAUGCAAAAAAAAUGUGAUCUUCAAAUUCUGAAUGAAUUAGGCCUAUUAUGGAAGCCCGUUUCCACCAUUAAAUAAAAAAAUUUAAAACCGUAAUUGCGACUUUUUAUCUCAACAUUGUGACUUUUUAUCUUGCAAUUCUGACUUUUUUUUUCUCACAAUUGCGAGUUAUAAAGUCACAAUUCUGAGAUAUAAACUCGCAAUUGCGAGAAAAAAAGUCGGAAUUGUUACUAUAUUGCGAGUUUAUAUCUGGCAAUUCUGACUUUUUUUUCCUCACAAUUGCGAGUUAUAAAGUCACAAUUCUGAGAUAUAAACUCGCAAUAGUGAGAAAAAAAGUCAGAAUUCUGAGAUUAAGUCGCAAUUACUGUUUUUUUUGUUUUUUGUUUUUUGUUUUUUAUUAAGUGGCGAAAACGAGCUUCCAUACUAUAAAGCCUAGAAAGAGCAUAAAAGCGCUCCCUAUAACCACUAAACUGUCACUCAUCUUAAUUGAUUGCGAUCUCACAAGGUUUUGCUAAUCGAUUAAGCUGACUGAACAAUGAAUAUCUUAUUUGGCCUACAUAAUAACUAUAUUUUUUUGUUAAAAGGUAAAUUAUAACGAGAGGAUUUGAGUAUGCAGAUCUCAGCACUGGACAAAAACUCAUGCGUUCAAGAAAUCAUCAAGUAAGUUUGUGAUUGGCUACAUUGCUCAAAAAUACGUUGUAAAUAGAAAACCUGUUUAUUAGUUUCGACGCUCUCAAAAGCACAAUCACCAAAUCUGUUUAUGAUGAGACUGAGAGCAUUAGCGAGAGUGCAGAAUUCAGUUAGAAUUCAGAGUUCAGCUCGCGCACUGAACAAAACUCCUGCGUUUCAGCGACUAAUCUGAACACCUCUGAUUGGCCAUUGCAGUUGUAAGCUCAACAGAAUCGUGUGUGAUUGGUUAUAGGGCGCAAGAUCUAUAUUAAAUGCCGCAACCAACACUUUUCAUUUAAUUUUUAUUUUCACUUUAUUACUAGAUUUAGUUUAAAUGUGCAGACGCAUUUUUGGCUAAAGCCCCCGUUAAUUUUUGACCCAUUGCCAGGGGAAGGCUAAGCCUUCCCCAGCUCCGCCUAUGAUACAUAGCCUAAUCAGCAUAAAACUUGCCACAGCGCACCAGUAAACGUAUUUAUUAUGAGUGUGUAGUGAAAAAACAGCAAGCAGACUUUCUAAACAUUUUAAUAAUUUAUUGUUUCAAGCUUUCUACAGAUAUAUUUCUCGUGUCUGUGAGGGAAGUACGGUUCAUGUUUGUUACGUGCUCAAGUUCACAGAGAUGACAGAACGCGCAUCCUGGUUUUUCAUUUCACAAAAGCACACCGUUUUCUGUUAUUGUGAGUUUACAGAAAUAAAAGUAGACCCUUUACAGUUUGUAUUACUCUUAUCUGUAUGACCAAAAUGACGGAGUAUUUUAAGUUAUCGCACCUGCGCCUCCAUGUCAUGCAGCGAGCGCGCUCUCCACACAAACGGAUAUGCACCAAAUAAUAGUGCACAUUUAUCUAGGACUACCAGGCUAACAUUAGCGGACUUGUAAAGUUGCUACUACUUACAUGUUUCAAGUGAUAAGCCGUAUUUGAUGGUCGAUGAAUGAUAGGCGAAUGUUUGUAUUUCCUGCGUUAACGAUCUCUCCCUCACGAACUGCGUGACUUCGCCACGUCUUGAUGUAUCCAAGCCCUUGAAGUAUUAUGUCAAUUUAGGUAUUUUUUUUCAGUAUAUCUUGUUCACGUUGUUGUUUUAACCUUUGUAUUUUCCGAUUUUUUGUGCUCCACUAUCGUAAUUUCUUUCUGACAUUUUGCCCCUAUGCCGCCUAGCAAUAGCAGUGACAUAAUGAUUGACAUGAUUUGAUCAGCAGCUGAUUGGACAGAUGUGACCCAAAUGUCACAUCUAUCCAAUCACCUGAUUUUUUAAUGUUUCUUAUGGGCCAAUGAGGGUCUUUUUUCGUUCGCGCUGUAAAUUAAAAAAAAAAAAAAAAAAAAAAUAGCCUGGCCAAUCCGGGGCCCCUGCACACGUGGGGCCCCUAGGCUGCAGCCUAGGUAAACCUGUGCGUUAAUCCGCGCCUGAGGGUGAUGAUGAGGGGUCAUACUGUGAUGAGGAAGAUGAAAUCAUAGUGACAAUCCGUCAGGGAGAGAGUGAGGGUGAGAGAGAAGGUGGAGAUGGAUAUGAUAACUUGAUAUAAUAACAUAAUAAUAUGAUGGUUUGGUAAUACUUGUGUUCCACUAUGGUACAAUGUUGCCUGAGGGCAACAGCUGGAUAUAAAAUGUUACUUUUUAUUAAAUAUGAAACUGUUAAUACAUUAAAAACUGGAUAAAUUUGUUUGUUCAAGUGUCUAGUUAAAGAAAUUGAUGUUUUCAAUAAAUAUAUUUCUUUUUUCUACAUGAAAAUGCCAAAUGUUUCAAUUUUUCCAUUGUGGUACAAUGUUGCCUCGAGGCAACAAACUUAUAAAAAAUAAAUAAAUUAAAAAUGUAUGAAAAUGUUUAUUGAUUUUGUUAAAGUGUCCAAUUUUAAGCAGGAAAAACAACACAAAUAAUUUUUUUCCUCAUUGAUAUCAUAUUGCAUACCAUAGAGGGUUAAAAAUUUGCUGUUAUGUUCAAUUCUAUGUAAUGCAAUGCUUUCAUUUAUUUUAUUUUCUAAGUAAAAUAAAGCAUCUUCAAGUGUAUACUGGA